AAAGAAAAGGAGGGUGGCGAGAAGGGAAGACGGAACCGCCAGCCAGCUCGACCUACUGGCUGAUGGAUUCACGGAGUGACGGAUCAGUUCAUAAGUGGCCAAGUGUACGAUUAAACGCUGGGGUUUGGUAGCGUACGUGUUGAACCUGUUCGUGAUUAGAGCCCAUCCGUGGCGAGAAAUCCAAUUUCUCUUCCCGGAGAGACCCGCAUUCCAUCGGAUUCCCGCUCCCCGUUCUCCGGAUCCCCCAUGCAUUUCUCCAUUCCCGAAACAUCUGACCACAAGGAUCCCAAAUCCGGGUCUCCUUAUACGACUUAUGUGGUUCAUAUCAACGGGGUACGCCAUUGCAAUGUGCGUUAUCGCCAACUCCACACCCUCCACGAGCAACUUCGACGCGAGUUCCAUCCGUCCACGCUGCCUUCAUUCCCUCCCAAGAAGAUCUUGACCCUCGGGUUGAAUCAGAUUGAAGAGCGCCGCAUGGCCUUGGAGAAGUACCUCCAACUUUUGUCCCAAGAUCCCCGGAUAUCCCACAGCAUCACCUUCAACGGGUUCUUAUUGGCUUCACAACAGGAGACACGCUCGGAAAAGACCGAGGAGGUUCAACUGGAUGUGUUCCUAAUGAACGAAAAGAAGAUCUCUGUCAGGGGCCUGACCAUCCUUCAAACCGAGGAAGUGCUAGAGAAAGUAUGUCAGCAAUUGCAAGUCCCCGAGGAAUACGUGCACUACUUCGCACUCUUCUUGUUAGAACGGAAGGAAGAUGGGGAUUUUGUGGUGGUUCGCAAACUCCAGGAUUUCGAGUCGCCAUACAUCUCGCAAAAAUCCGCUUCCAAAAGGUCGCUGAAGCUCGUCUUGAGAAAAGCCUCAUGGGAUCCGAAGAUUGAUCUGGAGUUAUUCAAUCACAAUGUGACGCUGACCCUGCUAUACACGCAAACCAUUGCCGAAGUGGAACGUGGGUGGAUUGUAGCUAAUCCCGAGACCAAACGACAGUUGGCUCGACUUCAGGCGAUGGGAUCUAAGUAUGAGUACAUGCACACCGCCCACCGAUUACCUUAUUACGGCUAUCUCCACUUCUUACCGUGUGUCUGCGACUAUCCAAUGACCAACACCCCCGCUCACAUUGUCAUUGGAAAUCGAGAGCUCGUCAUGAAGAUCCGCACGCCCAAGGGAGAAAUCAAAGAGGGGAGCUUCAAAGUGACCAAGAUGCGUUGUUGGCGGAUCAUGACCGUGGCCAAAGGUAUGACUUCGGAUGAGUUCAACGACACGGAUCCAGAAGACUCUGGGAGCAAGUUGGAAUUGAGCUUCGAGUAUCUGAUGAACAAUCAAGAACUCCAAUGGAUCACGAUCAUCUCGCCCCAAGCCAUUCUGAUGUCACUUUGUCUGCAGUCCAUAGUUGAAGAGUUGUUGCGCGUUCGAUCGGGGAUUGCAAUAAAAAAGGCCGGUGAGAAAUCGUGCUCGACGGAAUAUCUCUUCCAAAGAAAAGAUGGCGUGGUCCAAAAGUUCCCUAUUCGAAGUGGACUCCAUUCGGCUCAACAUAAAAACUGCGGCAACGGAAAUCCAACCAUUCCCAAGAUUGAUCCCAAGACGUUAUCCUCGUUAACUGGACGGCAAUACUCGGUGAAGAAGUUGAGCGAAAAGUUCGAUGUGGUCAAUUUCCGGGAAGCUGCUCGAGCUGCCGAGGAUGUUCUCAUCGAAAACGAAGCAUUUUUCGAAAUGAAGGACGACGAACCGUAAUUCUGUGAUGAAUAUUGUAGAGGAUUGAUCACCGUUCUGCAAAGUUUGAGCAUAGCAUUUUUUUGUCAAAGUAUUAAUGAACAGCCAACCCCAAACUGUUUCAGAAGCAAUCAAUCGGAGCAACAAGGCUCAGAUUUUUAUUUCGUUUGUCAAACUAUUUUCCUCCUUCUUUUGAACCCGAUAUGUUUUACCAUCAUCUUAAUCAUAAUGGUUUCUAGUUUUGUUAUAAUUUCUUUAUGAACUACCUAACCCAAUAUGGAAAGAAAAUAAUCAAUCCAAUAAAAAUGAUGGUUAUCUUUCAGUUUCACCUAA